AUGGCCGUGUGCUGGCUCCUUGCCCUGGCUGCGUCCCUGCUGCCUGCAGCCCUGAGCACCAGCGGAGGAGAAGCUUGUGACUGCAACGGGAUGUCCAGGCAGUGUGUCUUCGACUGGCAGCUCCUGAUGGAGACGGGCAAUGGGUAUCGCUGCCUCGGCUGCCUGGGCAACACGGCGGGUGCCCGCUGUGAGCGCUGCAAGGAGGGAUACUACCGCCAGCGGGAUGGGGACUGCUGCCUGCCCUGCCACUGCCACCCUCAGGGCUCCCUCAGCACGCAGUGUGACAACAACGGCCGCUGCAGCUGCAGGCCUGGUGUGAUGGGUGAGAAGUGCGACCGCUGCCAGCCGGGCUUCCAUUCCCUCUCUGAGGCCGGGUGCCAGGGAUAUGGGCAGAGCCAGCUGUGUGCCUGUGACCCAGCUGGCACAGAGGACUGUGUUUCGGGCCGUUGUAUCUGCAAGGUUGGUGUCACUGGCGAGCAGUGCGACAGGUGCAAACAAAACUUCUAUAACUUGGAUGCCAGGAAUCCGGCUGGGUGCUCUCCAUGCUUCUGCUAUGGACAUUCGUCCUCAUGUGUCAGCGCUGAGAAUUACAGCGUCCACAAGAUCAUCUCCAACUUCCAGCAAGGUCCUGAAGGAUGGAUGGCUGCCUGUGAAGACAGGUCCCCAGCUGAACUCCAAUGGUCUCCACGCCACCAGGAUGUGUUCAUAGCAGCAAGGAGAUGGGAAGCACUGUACUUUGUGGCACCCGCCAAAUUCCUUGGGAACCAACAGCUGAGCUAUGGCCAGACGCUCUCCUUCGAUUACCGCCUGGACCGAGGGGGACAGCUGCCUUCUCCACAUGAUGUGAUCCUUGAAGGAGGUGGCCUCCGAGUCACUGCCCCCUUCUUGCCCUCCGGGAAGGUUUUGCCCUGUGGUGUCAGCCAGACCUACACCUUCAGGUUGGACGAGCACCCAGGCAGCAAGUGGAGCCCCAGGCUGAACCACUUUGAAUACCGCAGGCUGCUGGGAAACCUGACGGCCCUCUGGAUCCGAGCCACCUUCGGGGAGUACAGCACUGGCUACCUUGACAACAUCACCCUGGUAUCAGCACAGCCUGCUGCCGGCAUCCUCGCGCCUUGGGUGGAGCGGUGCCAGUGCCCCGAUGGCUACCAAGGGCAGUUCUGUGAGCAGUGUGCUGCUGGCUACAGGAGGGAUGCACCCCACAUGGGGCCGUUCAGCAUCUGUGUGCCCUGCAACUGCCACGGUGGUGGGAUCUGUGACCCGGAUACUGGUGAAUGCUACUCGGGAGAUGAAAAUGUGGGGAACAGCAUCAGCUGUCCAUUUGGUUCCUACCGAGACCCCCGACCCCCGCACAGCUGCAGGGCAUGUCCCUGUGGCCAUGGCCAGAGCUGCUUAGUGCUGCCAGGCCAGGAAGUUGUCUGUGACCAUUGCCCUCCUGGAGCUGCAGGGCCCAGCUGUGAGUUCUGUGCUGACGGCUAUUUUGGAGAUCCUGCAGCCUCCCAGCCAUGCCAGCCAUGCCAGUGCAAUGACAACGUGGAGCCCAACGCCGUGGGGAACUGCGACCGCCGGACAGGAGAGUGCCUCAAGUGCAUCCACAACACAGCCGGCUUCCACUGCGAGCGCUGCAAGGAUGGCUUCUUUGGGAACCCCCUGGCCCCCAACCCUGCUGACAAGUGCCGGGCUUGCAGCUGCAACUCAGUAGGGGUUGAGCCCCUGAUGUGCCGGAAUGAUGGGAGCUGCAUCUGCAAACCUGGCUUUGGGGGCCCCAACUGUGAGCAGAGCGAGUGCCCAGCCUGCUACAGCCAAGUGAAAGCCCAGGUGGACCUGUACCUGCAGCAGCUGCGGGAGCUGGAACUGCUUUCCUCAGAGGUGCAAGCUGGAGGUGGAGCUGUGGGCCAGGAGCUGGAGGGGAAGAUGCAGCUGGCUGAGGAGACGUUGCAGGCCAUCCUCAGAGAAGCCCUCAGCCUGCAAGCUUCCGACAGAUCCCUGGAAAGCCGUGUGACCAGGAUGAAAGGACAAGGGUCUACCUGCCAGAGUGGCUUGGAUGACGCCAAGGCAGCAGUGGAGAGGCUGAUGUUUCUGGGCAGGCAGUAUGAGAGGCAGGUACAGGACACCCGGCGGCUGCUGGAGACAGCCAGGCUGGACCUGAGCCGCAGUGGAGCCUCUCUGAGCCGAGCGGCUAUCCCAGUUUCACACUUUCCUGGAGGCUCAAACAAGAUCUUGCUUCUGGCCCAGGAGGCUCUGAGUCUAGCCAACAGCCACAUGCAGGCAGCCAACAUCAUUGAGCAGGCGGCAAAGGGAGCACAGGACGACUCACAGCAGGCACUGGAGCUGCUGCAGGCAGCCGUGAGUGGGGAGGCAGAGGUGCCAGGCUCCCUGCAAGGGCUGCUCAGGAAGUAUGAGGAGCUGAAGUCGCUGGCUGGAGGCCUGGAGGCUGAUGCCAAUAGGAUAGCCACUGAGGCAGACAAGGCUUAUCAGAGCAGCCUGAUGCUCCUCAGCUCUCUGUCCCGCCUGACCAAGACCAGUUUUGGGUCCUUUGAGGGGGAGGCAGCCCAAUUGAAGCAGGAUGCAGCUGCUCUUCUGAGCAAGGUGGACACUUACAUGGCACAGUACAGGCAGCUGCAGAGCCGCAUGGGCCGCUGGGAGGAGGAAAUCAAGAAGCUCUUGCAGAGAGGAGAAGGCGAGAGAGCGAUGCUGACUCAGCUGCUGUCCCGUGCCAACCUUGCCAGGAGCACAGCCCUGCAGGCUGUGAGUGCUGGCAAUGCCACCUUUUAUGAAGUGGAACAGAUCCUGAAGAGCCUGCGUGGUUUUAACUUGCAGGCAGACGACAAGAGAAGGGAAGCUGAGGAUGCAAUGAGGAGGCUCCCAGUUAUCAGCAGCAUGGUGGCAAGUGCCAAGGAGAAGACUAACAGAGCUGAAGCCAUCCUGGGCAAUGCUGCUGCUGAAUCCAAGGCAGCCAGCAGCACUGCAGGGGAAGCGAAAGAGAUCACCUUUGGGAUCCAGAAGGAGAUCAUGCGGCUGAGGCUGGAGGCCAACAAGACAGCCGACGGGGUCCUCGCGCUGGAGAAGGCAGUGGCAGCUCUGCAGCAUGACGCCAAAGAAGUGGAUGGAGAAUUCCAGAGCAAGGUUUCAGAAGCUGAGGCAGAUGCUGCCAUGAUACAGGAGACUACAAAGGAAGCUCAAGAUGUCCAUACCAAGGCUGGCCAGGCUGGGGUGGUGGUGCAGGAGACAUUGGGUGUCCUAGAGGAGCUGCUGCGUCUUAUGAACCAGCCUGGUGCUGUGGAUGAAGAGGGCCUGAAACAGCUCGAGUUGAAUUUCAGCAAAGCCAAAACCAAAACCAACCAGCUGAAGGAACAGAUGUCAGAACUUGAGCAGAGAGCCACUCUACAGAAGGUCUGGGUACAGAAACUGGACAGCAGCAUCGAUGAGAUCCUGGCAGACAUUAGGAACCUGGAGGAUAUCCAGAGGAGCCUUCCUCCUGGCUGCUACAACACAAAAGCCAUCGAAUUACCCUGAGGCAGCACUGGGAGGCUGCAGCCCAUGUCAGUUCACAGCAGAAGAGCUAGGCCCCUCUGCUCCCACAAAACCUGGCAGGAGAAGCUGAGCUUGGUUCUGUUGGACUUAUCUUUACUCCCAGGCUCAGGGUAGUGCCUGCAGUUCACGAGUGCUGCAGCUGAAGUUCACAUCACACUGGACCUGGAGAGUCUCUGAUUUUCAAAACAAUCCGUCCCUCAAUUUCAAGAGGAAGAUGCCCACUUGUGGGCUGGGAUUUGCUGGUGCCAUUUUGGACGUGGCUUAGGGGUUCAGCAGCAGCAGGUGCCACUGAUGACCCUUUUCAUAAAGCUGCAGGUUUUCCACCAGGCUCCUCAGGCAGGUGGUUUUUAUUUUGCCCAGCCCUGAAGGGAUGGUUUUCCCAUCAAAGGUCUUCCUGGGCGAACACAGGUUUCCCUAGCAUCCUCUCUCUCUCACAGACACAAAGACACAACCUUUUCUUCCAAGACUGGUUGCUUUGGUUCCUGGCAGCUUCCUGGGUGUCCCAGAGCUCAGGGAGAGCAAGGUUAUGUUUGCUCUGUGCAAGCAUUUGGGAUGACUCUCAUCCCAGGCACAGGAGCUUUCUCUGGGGGACUGCAGCCAAGCGUUGGUAUCUGAGAGCCAGAGCCCAUUCCCAUCCUUGCUGCAGUGCCAGCAUCCUAAUUUGACCUGGUGAAGGAUACUGAAAAUGUCUCAAAUGUUUCUCCACCUCUGGUUCGGUGCUGCCCAUUCCCUCCCAUCCUACAUGUAUGGUGCUGGAUGUUCCCAAAGCACACUAGAUGUGAGUCAUUGUGCACGAGGUUUUUCUACUGUAAAUCUUUCCUGGAAGAACUGAAGACAAUGGUGCUCCCUACACCCACCCACUGCUUUCCUGUGGACCCACCUUUAGUUUGACACCAUUUCCAGCUUUCUUCUGAUACUUUUUCAGGCGAAAAAGAAAGCCCAAAGCUCUCUGGUGCUCAAAACCAGCCCUGCUGAAGUGCCCUGACCAGCAUGGAGUGGGUGCUGGGCAGAGGGGAAUGCUCUGAGGACUGAACACCAAAUCUUGUUAACACUGCUUCUCUGGUAAAGCAGUGCCUGUGCUGUUGCAUGGUUGAGGGUUUUCUGAGUAACUGUGUUAUAUUUGUAUUUAAGUGAGAUAUGCUCUUACCUCUGGCACGUUUUCUUUCUCUCCCCUACGCCAUAGGACAGGUAUUACAGAUCUGACAUUAUUCCUCUAGGAGUUGGUUUUUUGGAAGGGAGGAGACCAAUAAAUACUGAAUGCUUUUGGUAAGCUCUUGCCUGCUGGUUCAGUUCCAGCGCCGUGUUUUGGGCGAGCUUGGCCAUGAGUUCUUCCAGCAGCUUGUGCUCCUCAGGCUGACUCCACCUGGAGCUGGUUUGGGUUUGAAAUGGCACAGCAGCAGGGAAAGAUGACAC